UGUCGAUGGGUUACUCCUGACUAACUCUGUUGAACCCUUGAAAACGACCCCCAUCACCAUCGCCACCAUCACCACCAUCACCAUCACCACCACCACCACCACCACCACCACCACACACCAAUAUCAUCCAGUCAGGAUGGCAGCGUCCGCGAGCAUUCCCAUGGCCCCUCCAGUGGCCGCAACUGGCCCGAUCAAGUCCAACGACCAGAUGUUCGCCCACAGCACGGGCUUCUGGGACAACUACCGCCGCGGGCGGCCCCAGGUGCCGGCGAGCUUCUUCGAGCGCAUCUACCGCUACCACCGGGAUCACGGCGGCCAGUUCGGGACGGCGCAUGACGUGGGCGCCGGGGUCGGCCCGUACGCGGCGGAGCUGCGCACGCCGUUCGCCCACGUCAUCGUGUCGGACAUCGUGGCGACGAACGUGCAGCAGGCGGAGGCGCACCUCGGCCGCGACGGGUUCAGCUACCGCGCGGCGCCCAUCGAGGCGGCGGACGACCUGCGCCCGGGCAGCGUGGACCUGGUCUUCGCGACCAACGUGAUGCACUUCGCGGACCAGCCGGCGGCCAUGGCGGCGAUCGCGACGCAGCUGCGCCCCGGCGGCACCUUCGCGUGCGCCGGCUUCGGCCCCGCGCGCUUCGCCGACCCCGCCGUCCAGGCCGUCUGGGAGCGCAUCAGCCAGCAAGGGGGUCGUCUGCUGCUGGGCAUGGCCGAUCGCCCCCAAGAGACCGUGAACGUCAUGGCCCGCAGCUCCGGCCCGUACAACGUCGCCCCCCUCGACCAGCGCUGGUUUCACCCGGGCGCCCUGCGUCUGCACCUGCGCAUGGCCCCCAAUGACGGCGGCGGGAUCACCGGCCUCCUCCCGCCCGAACGCGCCCACGAGGUCUCCGAUCCAGACUUCACGGGUCCCGCGGAUGUCGUGGUCGAGGAGACCACGGAGGACUGGCGCUUCGAGACCGACUGGGAGGGCUUCCUGCAUCAUUUCCGCUCGUUCCCGCACGCCAGCGUCGAUCCCGCCGCCUUCACGGAGCUGUUGCAGGAAAUGCAGGGCCUGCUGGCCCAGGGCCGCUCGCUCCAGGGCUGCUGGCCUGCGACGUUGAUUCUCGCGACCCGGCGUUGAGCCUCAUCCUUUGUUUGGUCCUUGCGGACUCUUUACUACCCUCUAUAAUCCAUUAUGAUGACGGUCUUCGGCAGAGGGGCAGCAUAAUCCGGUAAUACAGCCUCUCUCUAUAAUGUAGUAAAUAAUGAUUACUGGGGUGUUGAAGGUGUGAUGCUGUGGGAAUUUUUAGCUCUUAAGAUAGCAAAGCCUUGGCUUCUGUUUGGUAUAGGAUUUAGUUAAAAUCAGCCUUCGAC